CUUGAUCCUAUCUCAUAUUUAUUGGUUUCUCUCAUAUUUAUUUGUUUCUUCUACUUUUCCAUCUUCAUUUAGCUUCUAGGGAAGUAGAAGCGGAAUCCCAGACAAAAUAUUCUCUAUUGUCUCCUCCGCGAACAGGCUAGCGUUGAACAUCCUCUGAGUCCCUGUUGCCCAAAAAUCGGAAAAUGGGAAGGGAAGUAUCAGAGAGCUGUUUGGAGAAUCUACUCAUAGAGAUUGUCUCUUCUUUUUGCACUGGCUUUUAUGCCGACAAGCCUGAGCUUGCUGCCCGAAGGAUCGAGGCAAUUGGCUUUCAGGUCGGUCACCAACUCUCCGAAAGAUGCGCAAUUGAUCAACCAAGGUUCACCGAUCACCUGGAGGCGAUCAAGUUCAUCUGCAAGGACUUUUGGUCUGAACUCUUCAAGAAGCAAAUAGACAACUUAAAGACCAAUCAUAGAGGUACUUUUGUAUUGCAAGACAAUCGGUUUCGGUGGCUAGCACACUUGUCAGUUGAUCCAUCACUGGAUGCAUCUUCUUCUAUUCAAGACCCUUCAGCAAUGGCUAAAAAUAAAGCAGCACAAGCAACUGGCAUGCAUCUUUACUUUCCUUGUGGAAUUAUAAGGGGAGCACUCUCAAACUUGGGAAUCCCAUGUGCAGUUUCUGCUGAUAUAUCUAAUCUCCCUGCUUGUUCCUUUUUGGUCCGCAUUAAGGCAUGACGAGGUUCUGGAAAAGAAAAAAGAGGAUAAGGAUUGAGCUCCAUGUUUUCAUUCAUGCUAUACAUCAGAUCCGUUUCUUCCUCUCAUGAAAAUGGAGUUACAAAUUGCCCAUCAUAUAGAAUAAAUUUAAAUGAGGAACGAACUAAUAUUGCGGUGGCUUGUAUUUUGCGAAAGUUAUAGUUGAGGAUGGCUUGGGAAUCUUUUAGAGUUUAGUUGUCUUCUUUCUGUGUAAAAUAUUAAGAAUCAGUUUCUCUUCUUAUCAAGAAUCGAACAUGUUGCUGCAGUUUUAUGUUAGUUCUCUCUUUCUGACUAGGGAUCAAUGGCGAAUUGUUGUUGAUACUAUUGUUUUUGAAAGUCGGAGGGGAGUAGUAUGCCUACUAGAUUGAUCACUAUAAAUCGAGCAUUUGCCUUU